AUGAGGAGUACAUCAAUAUCAUUACUGGUAGUUUUUCUGGUGUGGAGGAUAACAGAAGCCCAAAACAUCGAAGUCUCCCGAGAACGUGUGCCUGAACAAAUCCGAUAUUCCGAACCCUCCACAGCCGGUCCAAACACAGAAGAGGAAUUCGUUCCACUGUCACCAGUCAGAAAAGUUCGUGCGGCACCAAUCCCAAAACCUGUUUCCCAAGAUGACAGGUGGACGGCGGAAGAUGAGGAGGAAAUCGACCCGGCAACUGCUACAGUACCAUCAGAUGUUGAAGUGAAACAGGAUUCGGUCGACCAUCACUAUUACCAAGCGGAGACAUAUGUUGGAGACGUGGAGAAACUCAAAAAGUAUUGGGUCAAUGUGGAGCAAUUCAUGAAGAAACCAAAGACAAUUGGGAAUACAAGUCAUCCGUUGUUGAGUCAGAGUUAUAGACGAGCUGUGGGCGCCCGUCUCCAAUUCAAAUUCCCAUUCUACGGACACAAAAUGGCAAACCUCACAAUCGCCACCGGUGGAUUUAUCUACAUUGGAGAUCACACUCAUAAUUGGUUGGCAGCUACACAAUACAUUGCGCCACUGAUGGCUAAUUUCCACACUUAUCUCAAUAACUCGAAUAUCGUGUAUGCUGAUGACGGAGAGUCAUUUGUGGUUGAGUGGAGAAAUGUGCAAUUGAAAGAGGAUAAGGAGAAGAAUGCAUUCACCUUCCAAACCAUUCUUCACAAAAAUGGAGAUAUCGUGUUUAUCUAUAAGGAUGUUCCAUAUGACAUAUCCAACAUCUCCGAUGCCAACCAUCCCGUCAAACUUGGAAUCUCUGACGCCUACAUGUUCAAACACAAUUUGCACCAAUCAGCAGCUCCAAAACGUGUCAUCUACGAGUACCAUAGAAUCGAGUUGGCUGCUGACAAAAUUGUCUCAAAUACAGUUGUCAUUCUGAAAGCGCUUCCGACUUGCAUCUCCUUCGACACCUGCGAUUCCUGUACCAACGCCACUCUUCCACACUUCAACUGUCUUUGGUGUCACGCCAAGAAAUCACAUGGUGGACCAUUCUGUACUGACGAAUCUGGACUUCAUCGUCGCCGUCAACAAUGGUUUGAAGGAAACUGCUAUCAACGAAGCAAGGCGUUGUAUUGUGAUGCAGAUGAUGAAAAUGAGACAUAUGACGAUGAGGAUUAUGUGAAGGCACAACUGUUCCCGGAUGAUAAGAGCAAUGGUGAAUCGAAUGUAGACGUUGAGAAGAUGAAGACAUCGGAUAAGGGAACGAAGUCAGCAAUGCUUGAUGAGUGGAAGAAGAAAGUGAAGGAUGAGAAGGAAGCAAAGGGAGGAGUUGCCACGUUGACAAUGAUUGUUUUGGUGUUGUUAUGCUUUGUUGCCUGGUUAGCAUAUGCUUAUUAUUAUCCACAUACAACAAGUGGACAGUUGUUGAUUAAGGUGAGUUGA